AUGCCCGGGCCUCGGGCUGCCGGCUCCGAGAACUACACGCUCUUCCCCUUCUUCUCGGACUUCAAAGGCUCCAACCGCGUGGUGAGCAGCGCUCUGGAGACGGCCGCGCUAGCGUCGGUCUUCGUGCUCGCCUUCGCGGCCAACGCGUGCGCCAUCCGUCUGCUGGCGCGCCGGCCGCGCCGCUUGCGCGCCGCCAGCUGCCUGGUGCUCAACCUCUUCUGCGCCGACUUGCUCUUCAUCAGCGCCAUCCCGCUCAUCGUGGUGGUGCGCUGGACCGAGCGCUGGACCCUGGGCGCCGCCGCCUGCCACCUGCUCUUCUACCUGAUGAGCCUCAGCGGCAGCGUCACCAUCCUCUCGCUGGCCGCCGUCAGCCUGGAGCGCGUGGUCAGCAUCGUCCGGCUCAGGCCCACGCGGCCCUACAGAGGCAGGCUGGUGGCCGCCCUGGUGCUGCUCAUCUGGGCCUUCUCGGCCCUGGCCACCCUCCCGCUCUGCCUUUUCUUCCGCGUCGAGAGGCUGAACAUAACGGGCCAGACAGAGAGCAUCUGCACCUUGAUUUGGCCCAGCGGUGCAGAAGAAAUUGCUUGGGACGUCUCUUUUGUCACUGUGGUCUUCCUAAUACCAGGAUUGGUCAUUGUGAUGAGUUAUUCAAAGAUUUUGCAGAUUGCAAAAGCGUCAAGGAGACGUCUGCAUGCUGGCUUGGCUUACUCAGAGAGUCACCACAUUCGAAUUUCCCAACAAGACUUCAAGCUGUUGCGGACUCUGUUUAUACUGAUGAUUUCUUUCUUUGUCAUGUGGAGCCCAAUAAUCAUCACCAUUCUCCUCAUUUUAGUGCAGAGGUUCAAACCAGAUGUGCAGAUUUUGCCUUCUUUUUUCUUUUGGAUAAUGGUCUUCACAUUUGCCAAUUCAAUUGUCAAUCCAGUUUUAUAUAAUGUAACCCAUUUCAGACGUGAGUGGAGGAGAGUCUUUUUCUGUUGCCCAGGUCCUCCAGGGAAAAAAGAGACUGUGACAGACACUACUCUGAGACAGCAAAACCAUGGACAUCUCAACGUGUCUGUCAUUUCCAGAUAACCGUGUGGUGUUCCUGAUAAAGAUAAUCUCACCUGCUCUUUAAUGCUGUGUGCUAAAGCAAGCAGUUGGGAAACAAAACAAAAGAAACUAUCAUAUCCACAGAUUGAGCAGACCUCGUUACUGAAUGCUGAAGUCUUGGGAAAUCAGUUAGUGCUGCAGAAAAUGACCCUGCUACUCUCGCCAUAGUAAGAUACAAGGAAUACUAAAAGUGAUUGUGAUAAACAGAAGUUAAAGUAUAGUUGAGAGCAAAACUGAGCCCUGCAUUUUACCAUCUUAUACUAAUUAAAAUCUUUUUUCAUGAUCUUCAGCACAGGUG